AUGGCAGCUGUCGGCCUGGCUCUUGCGGGCCAGACUCCCGCCAUUGGUUCGAUGACCUCAAGCCUGCAAAGUAUCCUGAUGAACACCCACGGGAGCAAGGACUAUGAAUACCCAACGGACAUAACGCGAGAUAUCUUACCGAUUCCUGUCCAUUCCCACAAUGAUUACUGGAGAAAUGAGCCUUUCUGGACCGGUCUAUCAAAAGGCUGUACAUCAACUGAAGCCGACGUCUGGUUGUAUAAUGGCACUCUUUACGUUGGGCAUGAUCAAUCUGCUUUAACUUCUAGUCGCACCCUUGAAAGCCUCUACAUCAAUCCGAUCCUCGAAGUCCUGGAUCGCCAAAAUCCCAAGAGCCCCUUUGUUCCGGCUCCAACCAAGAAUGGCGUUUGGGAUACAGACACCACACAAACCCUCUACUUUUUCAUUGACGUGAAGACGUCCGGGCCGGAGACUUUCAAAGCAGUCAUCGAAGCCCUUGAGCCCCUUCGAGCGAAGGGAUAUCUCACUUCAGUCAAGGAUGGCAAGACUCUCAACGGCCCUGUGACUAUCAUCGGCACUGGCGAAACUCCAUUGGAGAUGAUCACUUCUGUAGCCGAUCGAGACUACUUCUUUGAUGCGCCUCUCGCGAAAUUGAAGGAUCCCCAGUAUUCUGAGAUAAACGGCCUUGUCGCACCCAUCGCUUCAACUGAUUUCCAAGCUGUGGUUGGCAAGGUGACCCUCGAUACCGACCCUGUGCUCAAUGAAGGCCAACUCCAAGUUCUUCGCCAACAGAUUGCCGAUGCAAAUGAGCGAGGCAUUGGUGCUCGAUACUGGAACACACCUCACUUCCCUAUCCGUACGCGCAAUCUUGUCUGGAGGACCCUUCUCCGAGAAGGGGUGGCUCUUCUGAAUGCUGAUGACUUGGAUGCUGUUGCGGCGUAUUUCUAG